CUGUUACUGUGCAGUUGUUGUUCCACCUUAAACUUUCUCGAAGCUGCUGGGUGUGCCUCAGAUUCAGAAGAGGGCUUCUAAGUGGCUUUUUGAUUUAUGGUUUUACAGAUAUAAUUAGUAUCUUUGCAUAUGUAGAUGGCUUCCUGAACAGCACCUGUUCAGGUAAAUAAGUCAUCAGGAUUGAUGAGCUAACCGUUAUUUACAUGAUCUACUCAGUCUGUACACACCACCACGACAUUUGUUCAGGCAGGCUUUCUUGAAUACCUAACUGCAAACAUUUGCUUGACUGUGUUCUUCCUACUGUUAUAUUAUGUAGAUUUUAACUAAUGUGUCAAUGUGCAAUGUGUAUCUUUAUGAUACUGAUCUAUUGAUUGAUUAUUUAUGGCUUACCUGUUGAUAAUUUGAACUUGAAUUGUUAUUUAGUAUUUUAGCAUUUUACUGCUUUAAUUUUUAACUUUUUGAUUUGUAUUGUUAACUUAACAGUGUUCUAACCUGUAAUAUGUUAAAGUGACCUUACGCUUACAAAUAAAUGUAUUAUUGUCGACAGCUAGCUGGAGCUAGCCUCCAGCACGUUUUAGUGGUUUCUCUGCUCCAGCACACCUGUGCAGCAGCUCUUGAAGCUUCAGAAGCCCGCUGAUCACCUGCUGAUUGUAAUCCGGUGUGUUGAAGCGGAGUUAAAACUAAAACCUGUUGGAUACUGGCCCUCCAGGCCCAGAAUUGAAUACCCCAGGCCUAGACUAAAGCAGUUUGCUGGCACCUGUAAAUGACCUCUUGCCUGUUUUCAUGAAAGCUGCUUUACACUUUAUCACAGCACACACCUCUUCUGACAACAUCUGAUGAAGUUCCUCCGGACCAGAUGACCAGAAAGUGCUAUGUUUUUCUGCUGCUGUGAUUUUUUGAUGCUUCUAAUUGUGCGAGAGAAAAAAUUUGGCUAACAGCUAGCCUGAAUGCAGCAAAAACAAAAACCCAUUGCUGCUUUCAUAAAACAGUUCCAGUCUUUGUUGUUUGACCGUAGUUUACACAAACAGAUUCUCAUCAAACGUUACACCACAGACCGUUAUGCCACACCUGUUUGAUUUGGCCUGAGUACCAAGACAUUCCUGUCGGACGUGACCUCUGGGCGUACCGGAAGUACCGACGUGCACUGUUAACCCGACUGUUGUGUAAAGGUUGAUGCUUGCCACUUUUAUCCAGGCUGUGCUCAGGCUAGCCAUUAGCCUAUCAUUCCUGUCAGAAUUGAACCGUUUUUCCAAACGGAGGCUGUUCAGCGAGUGGUCUGCCACGCUUAAGAUAUGAAUUAGUUGUGACUCGCGUCAAAAAGUCCUAAAGUAAACGCAACGGUUCUCCAAGGUAGAACAUGUGAACCUUUAUUCUGGAGCAGAGCAUUUAAAGGAAUGCUUCAGACUGAAUGUCUGUUUAUAACUGCAUAUCUGCUGAAAGUGGGUUAAAGGGUCAUGAUAACACCUUAGGACCUUGUAAACACACAUGACUGGUUCAGAUUGAGCUGUUUGUGUGAUGAUGUCCCUCCUUGCACCUGACAAACAUCCCAAUAGGUCAACACGAGGAAGAGUUUGUUUCGUAUGAAAGUGAAAUGUCGUAAAAAGCCUGGUUUUCCCCGACUUGUGUGGAUUAAAGAGUGACUUAGUGAGAGGAGGACGUUUGGUGUGUGAGGAGGAAAAUCCAGUGUUGCACCAAAGCAGAGCGAUAACACUGACGGGGCAGAAAGCAGCAGGGGAAAGCACCUCGAGCAGCUUUUUUCAUGAUGUGAGAGUUGAGUUUGCUGGCCUUACUCAACAGUGUGUUGGUGUUUUUAUCUGUGUGGCCAUUUUGUUAAAGAUAGAAUCAAUGAAAGUGCCCUUUUCUUUUUGCUGAAUCACUUUGGUAGCACGGCAGCAGCCCGAGUCCCGCAGGCCGAGGCAGGGCUGGAGGGGUUGGUUAGUUAACCCACUUAGAGGUUAGACUUUGAUCCCUCACAACAACAUGUGUGUGCUGACAUUAGGCUGAGUGGGACGUCCUGAUGCUAUCUGAGCCUCUGGCUGACAUUAGAGAUGCUGCUGCUGUAUCAACAGUUUGUUUGUUACGAGGGUGCAGUUUCACAACGGUGGUGAAAGAUUCAGGUUCUAGGAGCUUGAAAGUUGGGCGUGUUCCGGCGUUGUAGGGCGAAAGCUUUGAACCGUUUGGUGUUGAAAGCAGGAAGUGUUGGGGGAAUUGGUUAGGACACCUGUUUUGAGCAACCAAAGGCCAGGCACAUGAUAACUUCCCCCUAACCAUUCCAGCAAGCAGAAGAAAGAGUGAAAGAAGAAAAAAGGCCCAGCGUUUUGAAAACCUCCUUCCUCUAGUAUCAAACCUCACAGUUUAAUGAGAGAGGGCCUUUGGAGGAGCAUGAAAGAUCUGUGGCUUCCUCAGCGUGCAUGACUGGCUGUCUUGUGAGUGGAUGGUAAAUGCCAGAGACUAUUUUUGUUUCUACUGGUGCUGCGGGGCAACACGGAGGAUAACUGGAUCAUGACGACGGAGAGAAACAGCAAAGCCUUGAAGGUGAAGCAGGAAUGUGGGGAGAAUGUGCCCUUCCUGUCGGACAGCGAGCUCAUGUCCCUGUCGGUGCGGGAGCUGAACCUCCACCUGCGCGGCCUCUCCCGGGAGGACAUCCAGAAACUGAAGCAGCGUCGUCGCACCCUAAAGAACCGCGGCUAUGCGGCCAGCUGCCGGGUCAAACGCGUGUCCCAGAGAGAGGCCCUGGAGCAGCAGAAGAUGGAGCUCCAGAGGGAGGUGGAGCGGCUCGGGGCUGAGAACGCCGGCAUGAGGAAGGAGCUGGAGGGUCUCGGCGCUCGCCUGGCCGCCCUCCAGAGGUUCGCCAGGGGUCUGGAGUCUGGGGGGGCCAGCCUGCUGGCCACAGCUCCACGCCUCAACACCGCCUCGGUCAUCACCAUAGUGAAGAGUCCCCCUCAGCCUCAGCAACAGAGAGAUCAGGAACCGUCGUAGGACCGCCAUCGCUACCAGACUGGGGGGGGGGCGGGGGGCUCAGCUGGUGGACAGUCUGCAAAGGAAACACACACGCACGCACGUAGGAAAAUACUAAACGUGUCUGCAUUCUGCCCAUUUCACAUUAUGGGAUGCAGAUGUGCUUCACUUCAGAGCGGCAAGUUGGGGUGUUGCCUAGCAACAAGAGAUUAGUUAGAAGUCAUCCUGGGACAGAAGGACACGUCGUCCGAGUCACUCGGGUAAAGGUUUUCAAAGAAUGAUCAGAAAGUUGUAAUGUACACACACACGCACACACACACACACACACACUGGACUCUGAAGCCAGGCUGACCCAGAGUUAUCGCACAUCCAGGAGAAACUUUCUGCUUCCACCUGACUUUCAGCAGAAGCUGAACAAAAGUGGGCGUGUCCCUCUUCCCGCUGACUCUGACCUUAUCCGACAUCCCAACUUCCCGUUUAGUCCGUUGAUCAGCCUCUCUGUCGUCGUCGUCCGAGGUGGAGUAAUGAACGUUUUCAAAUACGUAUUUCACGUGAAACUUGUGCCAUCUUGAGGCCACAUGAAAGGUUUUCUGUUUAGGAUCCAGGAAACACAAGUACCCCAGAGGCUGGAAGCCGACAUCUCCCCGCUCCGUCCGCCACCUCUGUGUGGUUGCAGAUCUUCCAUCAACGCAGUGCCUUCGGUCUGUCGGAGCUCAGAAACCUCAAAAGGAAAAGGUGACAGCAGGUCGAACCCGACAACACAGAACUUUCAAUGGGAUGGCGUUAAGAGUUUCAGGGCUGUGACCUCACGUCAGCUGCUGACACGGCCAUUAUGUUAGGAACACGUCUGCUAGGAGUCCCGCUCAUGUCUGUGAUGCAAAAACCUUCUGAAAACAUUCCUGUUUGGUGUUAUUUGUAAUGUUUGUACGUGCUGCAGAAAGACGAAGAUGUUGCGUGACAUUUAUAAGAGAUCUAUAUAUAUUCUUUAUUUUAUUUGUAUUUAAAGCUAGAUAUUAUGAAAAGACAAGCUAACGAGUGCUGUGACGUGUUUCCAGAAGUACUUACGACUAGUCUGAGGAUGUUCUUCUCAUGUCUAUUAUUGUGUUGUGUCGCAACAAAGAUUACAAAUGUUAAAUAUGAUUAGCAGCAUAGAGACGCUCAGAGCUGACGGCUGUGUCCACGUAUGAUGACUUUGUGUAUGUGAGUGUGUUUGCCACGUUUGUAACAGCUUGUCCUAACGCGUUCUUGGGAGGGACACUUAUUUUUCUACGAUGGUUUGUAUGUUUUCAGAAGCCGUUUGAAAUGUGGGGACAGGAAUAUCACUGGGUGUGAAGCGAGGAGAGGGAUGAGAGGAUGAAGGGACGGUGGGUGAGGGUGAAAAAGGAAGAAGCAGGUUGGAAAAGAAAGUGCAGAGAGCUGAUUUGAUACACUUGAAGACCUUCGUGAGACGUUUGAGUGCAGAUGUUUAUUUAUCCGCUCAAACAGAUCUGACUUUCACGUAUAGUGCUAGCUAGCAAUAUUCCGAGUUUAGACUGUAACACAAUAACUGUGUUGAGUGUACGAGGCGUGGUUUUAGCUAUAUGAGUGUCGUUGUGGCAAAAGCAUUUAUUCGCAAUAUUUUACCGUCUCGACGUCCGUCAAACUGUGCUGGAUGUUUUGUAACACCUGCAAAACAAUAUGGUCUUUGUAUUUAUUACCUGUAUUUUUUUUCUAUUGUGAAAAUUUAAGUACAUCGUCUAUUUUAUAUAUUAAUUAUAAUAAAUGUUGUACAUAUUGUACAUAAAAUGGU